AUGUCGACGCUUCACUCGACCAGGCUCAUCACAUCAAUGACCUGUAACCGACUUGUUUAUCAAUGCAAGAACUAUACAUCCAACUCACAGAUAUCGGCAAGCUCAAAGCCAUCUACACCAACAAGUGUGUCGACACCAUCUUCCGAUCAUUCAUUCUAUUUGAAGUCACCUCCUGUAUCUUCGUCAUUAUUUGGCGUUAACAAUGUUGUGCCAGGCUCAUCGGGCCCAGGCAAGGCCUACGAAGACAGCCGUCAUCUGCGAUCACGUGCAUCACCACUGGCCAUGUCCAAAGAGAUCAAGGCCAAGAUAUUCGAUCAGGAGAACAUUGUCAGCAGAGACAUGCCCACACAGUAUCACUCUGAGGCGCGAUCCUUCAAGGUGCUCGAGGUGGACCUGAGCGGGAACCUCAUCGAUCAGAUCAUCUUCAAGAACAACCUCUCAAUCGAAAUGAAGCUACAAGCGCGUGACCUGCGAACCAUCGACUCCUCCUUCCCUCCACAGAUGCCAGCCAUCCUUGCAAGAGACAAGGUGUUCAUUGUUAGCAUUGGAUAUAUUAGAGCGAUUGUACAACAUGACAAGAUCAUCUUCUUUGAUCCACAGAAUCCAUUGAUCAGGAAUGACCUGGUACCAAUACUUCGCGAGUACCUUGGUAACCAGAACCUAUUCUUCACAGAGACGCUUACACUUCCCUUUGAGUUCAAGGUGUUGGAAGCAAUGCUUGUAUUUAUUUGUAAAAAGUUAACGGCUGAACAUCAGAGAAUAUGUACAUUAAUCGCCAAAGAGUUGGAGAGUCUUAAUGAGAAUCCAGAGCACAACUUGGAGAACCUAUUGUUGUUCCACAAGAAAGGACUCAAUCAAUUCGAGGUCACAACAAAGGAGAUCAUGGAUGCUUUGAGCAGACUGCUAGAGUCAGAUGAGGAUAUGGCGCUGAUGUAUCUCUCAUUUAGAAGCAUUACAGGUGGAACGAGAAAGAGGAAUCAGCAUGAGGAGUUGGAGAUAUUGUUGGAGAACUAUAUGAGACAGUUGGAGCAGAUAUCAAAUGAGAUCAGUCAACUUAAGGAGACGUUGUCCUCAACUGAGGAGUUCGUCAACUUCCAAUUGGAUACUGCAAGAAACAAGAUGAUGAGGAUGAACUUGACAUUGAGUCUGGUGACAAUGUCGGCUGGAAUGGGAUCGAUGGUCACUGGAUUCUUUGGCAUGAACUUGAUGAAUGGAUUCGAGCAUGCACCAUUCUCAUUCUUUUAUGUCAGUGGCGGUGUACUCCUUGGUGGACUGUCAGUGUUUGCCUAUGUGAAGUGGUACUGCCACAAGCACAACAUUCUGCCCUACUCCAAGAAGCCCAAGUUCAGGGUCAAUGGCAUGGAUUCAUUCCAGAACCCAUUCCUUCACUCAUAUAAUGGUGGAAGCUCUGUUGCCACUGCAUUUGGUACCAAUCAUUAUCAAACUCCAUUGCAACAACAACAUCAACAUCAACAACUACUUCAACAACAACAACAUCAACAACAACUACAACAACAACAGCAACAGCAGCAACAACAAUCAUUGGUGUCAGAUCCCAAACAUCUGACGUUUAACAAUGGAUACAAUACCAACCCACUGAACAACUUUAACAACAAUGUCAAUGUCAAUGUUAAUGGAAGCAACAAUGUCAAUUCAAACAACAAUGCCUAUCACAAUCCAAUCCAAGACCUUCUGGAACAGCAAAGGAGACAGAAACAAGGAUCAAAAUGGUUCAGAUCAUGGAGGAAAACAAAUAAAUGA